GCAAGUGUGUUACAAUGUCACUUCACCACGUGAUCGUGAGUUGUGUGUGUUGAAGAUUAUAAUAGAAAUACGGCAGGGUCCAGUAGACGAACGCGCGGUAGACGAUUUUGCAACUUAAGAAUGACAUAAGCACGAUGAAAUGAACAGGAACGGCAGGACUGAGGAAAUGCGGUUCUUGACGUGUCGCAGAUGCACACGGUGUUUCGUGACCAACACAACUGCGUUGCGUUCACGUGGCAAACUACAUGAUAUAUGCGCGCAAGUUCUUCGCAAACCCGUCUGUCAAAACAUCGAUGAACGCCCCUGAAUGCGCUUUUCGAGUCGUGACCAGUGUGGCUGUCAAUAGGAGUUCGUAAUCUGCAAUUAUAUAAUCUUGUUUUUCCCGACCGGAUAUGCUGCUAAGUGAAUUUGAAGAGUUUCACCUGAAAAUGAAACGAUAAUCGUCGUUUUUGCGGGUUGUCGGUGCUGAUGACAUCACGCCGUUUUUAUGUUUGUCUGAUGCCACUAUGUAGCUGGCAGGAAUGUCAGCGAUGAAGUGUGCGGGUUGCUGAGUAGCUGUCAUUGAACUCAAACUUUUGAGUAAUGAAUUCAGAUCUGGAGGGCAUCUCUCUUUCAGUACCAGGUCUGGACAUGAUGGGAGAAAACAGUGGAGAAUGCAGCUCCGGGUCCGGGAUGACCUCUGGUGCCGGGACCUUCUGGCAGGACCAGUCCGUCUGUAAGAGUGCCAGUCACGGGGUGAUCAGUGGCCCGGCCGACACCUUGCUGACCACGGGCAAAUGUAAGAGCAGGGCCGUAACAGUGGCCUAUGUGAGGAAUGCCGAGAUGAGCCAGCCUCUGAGCCCAGAGAACAUGGCUUUACAGUGUUUAAAGGAUGCUUGUGACAUUGUGGCGUGUAAACUAGAGAUAGUCCACUUUGGGAACUUGGACUUUGGUGAAACUUCAGUCCUUGAUCACUUUUACAAUGCAGAUAUUGCUGUGGUUGAAAUGACGGAUGUGUUUCGGCAGCCCUCCCUCUUCUAUCACCUGGGUGUGAGAGAGAGUUUCUGUAUGGUAAACAACAUCAUUCUGUACUGUGAUCUCAACUCAGACUCGCAGCAGUCUCUACAGGAGGUGAUAUGUCAGAAGAAUAUGACGUGUGCGGCUAAUUACACAUUUAUCCCGUACAUGGUGACUCCUCAGAAUAAGGUGUACUGCUGUGAGAGCAGUUUGAUGAAGGGAUUGAGUGAACUCAUGCAGCCCAGCUUUGAAGCUCUGCUGGGCCCCAUCUGUAUGCCACUGCUGGACAGACUCACUCAGCUGCUCACCGGCUGCAAGGCCAACACCUGCCAGUACUUCCGUGAAACCGUUCUGAAUGAGAUUCGUAAAGCACGGGAGCUUUACACGGGAGCAGAACUCGCAGCGGAGCUUAGACGCAUCCAACAGCGACUCGACAACGUUGAGUGUCUGUCAGCCGAUGUGGUCAUAAACCUCCUCCUGUCAUACAGAGAUAUUCAGGAUUAUGAGUCCAUUGUGAAGUUAGUUGAAACACUGGAAAAACUGCCGACAUUUGACCCUGUGGCACAUCCUCAUAUAAAGUUUCACUACGCCUUUGCCCUCAACAGGAGAAAUCUCCCAGGAGACAGGCAGAAAGCUCUGGACAUCAUGUUACCAUUGGUGAACUCAGAUGAGCAGGUGGCAUCUGAUAUUUAUUGUCUGGUGGGCCGAAUCCAUAAGGACAUGUUCCUGGACUCUCAUUUCACCGACACAGACAGCAGAGAUCAGGGCACACACUGGUUCAGGAAAGGUUUUGAAUCGGAGCCCACGCUGCACUCGGGAAUAAAUUAUGCUGUGCUGUUAUUGGCUGCAGGGCAACAGUUUGAAUCCUCCUUUGAGCUGCGUAAAGUAGGUGUGAAGUUAAGCAGUCUGUUGGGGAAGAAGGGCAGUCUGGAUAAGCUGCAGAGUUAUUGGGAUGUGGGCUUCUUUCUUGGUGCAAGUAUUCUCGCCUGUGACAACACGCGAGUCAUCCAGGCCUCUGAAAAACUCUUCAAAAUUAAUGCUCCCAUCUGGUAUCUGCGUUCACUGGUGGAAACCAUCCUGAUCUAUAAGCACUUUAAGAAACCCACCACAGAUCCACAGGCCCCUAAACAAGAGCUGGUGGACUUCUGGAUGGACUUCAUGGUGGAAGCCACCAAAAAGGACAUCACAUCAGUCCGAUUCCCUGUAUUGAUACUGGAGCCCACUAAAGUGUACCAGCCGUCUUACCUCUCAAUAAACAAUGAUGUAGAGGAGAACACAUUGUCUAUCUGGCACGUGACCCCUGAUGACAAAAAUAAGGGGAUCCAUGAGUGGAAUUUCAGUGUAGCAUCAGUGCGAGGUGUGAGCAUCUCUAAGUUUGAUGAGCGCAGCUGUUUUCUGUAUGUGGUGAACAACUCUGAAGACUUCCAGAUCUAUUUCUGCACAGAGAUGCACUGCAAGAGGUUUUGUGAUCUGGUAAACACUCUCACUGAAGAGGCUUGGAAAGGCUCCGACGAGACCGAGUGUGAAUCAGAGGCUUUAGAGUAUGAUUAUGAAUUUGAUGAGCAUGGAGACAGGGUGGUUCUGGGUAAAGGCACGUUUGGGGUCGUUUACGCAGGCCGUGACCUCAGUAACCAGGUGCGUUUAGCCAUCAAAGAGAUUCCUGAACGGGACAGCAGAUAUUCACAGCCUCUGCAUGAGGAGAUUGCGCUACAUAAACACCUCAAGCAUAAGAACAUUGUGCAAUAUCUGGGCUCCAUCAGCGAGAAUGGCUUCAUCAAGAUCUUCAUGGAGCAAGUGCCUGGAGGCAGUCUGUCAGCGCUGCUCAGGUCAAAGUGGGGUCCUCUUAAAAACAAUGAGCCCACCAUUGGCUUCUACACAAAACAGAUUCUGGAGGGUCUUAAAUACCUGCAUGACAACCAGAUAGUUCACAGAGACAUCAAGGGGGACAAUGUCUUGAUAAACACCUACAGUGGAGUUUUGAAAAUCUCUGAUUUUGGAACUUCUAAACGUCUGGCUGGAAUAAACCCCUGGACUGAAACAUUUACUGGUACGCUACAAUAUAUGGCUCCUGAAAUUAUAGAUAAAGGGCCACGUGGAUACGGUAAGCCAGCAGACAUCUGGUCCCUGGGCUGCACCAUCAUAGAGAUGGCAACUGGGAAACCGCCCUUCUACGAGCUGGGUGAACCACAGGCAGCGAUGUUCAAGGUCGGAAUGUUUAAGAUUCAUCCGGAGAUUCCCGACUCCAUGUCCACCGAAGCCAAAGCGUUUAUCCUGCGCUGUUUCGAGCCAGAUCCAGACAGCAGAGCCGCAGCAAACAAUCUACUCACUCACGAAUUCCUGACUGUCAUGUCACGCAAGAAACGAUCAAAGGGCAAGAGUUUCACAGCUCUGACACCAGAACCUGAGUACUUGCGCAGCAUAUCUCUGCCUGUUCCUGUGGUGGUUGAGGACACUAGCAGCAGCAGUGAGUAUGGAUCUGUGUCGCCUGACAAUGAGCUCUGCUUGAACCCCUUCAACUUCAAGCCCAGCACCAAGUGCUACAGUGAGAGAGAGGUCAAAGGUCACUGCUCGCUCUUCCUGAGUAUUCCAGUGGAGAACUUUGAAGACCACAGCGCUCCACCGUCCCCAGAGGAGAAAGACUCGGGUUUCUUCAUGCUGAGGAAGGACAGUGAGCGGAGAGCCACGUUACACCGAAUCCUCACUGAAGACAAAGAAAAGAUAGUGCUGCACCUGCAGGAGGCGCUCACACAGGGCUCUGAGGAAACUAAACUGAAGCAUCAGCAUAUCUCCACACUGGUGGCAAGUCUGGCAGAUUUUGUGAGGAUGGCAGACAGAAAAAUAAUCGCCAGCACCCUCUCUCAACUUAAACUGGAGCUCGACUUUGAUAGCGCAGCGAUCAGCCAACUGCAGGUGGCGCUGUUUGGCUUUCAGGACGGGGUUAAUAAAGUUUUGCGGAAUCACAACAUAAAGCCGCACUGGAUGUUCGCCCUGGAUAACAUCAUUCGAAAGGCUGUACAGACCGCCAUCGUCAUAUUGGUACCUGAAUUGCGUCCCCACUUCACGUUGGCGUCUGAAAGUGACCCAGCAGAGCAAGAGGACAUUGAUGACAACACGGUUCCUCAAGGGAAUGCUGCACUCAAGGGCAUAGCGCCACCUAUCGCUCAUGAUGACACGGUGGCAACAUCUGGAGUGAGCACGCUCAGUUCAACCGUCUCUCAUGAGUCUCAGAGUGCUCAACGGUCCAUCAGCAUGGAGCUGGGCCGCAUGAAGCUCCAAACCAAGAGGUUGUUGGAGGAGUUAAUAGAAAAGGAGAGAGAGUAUCAAUCCAUCAUACAGCAAGUCCUGGAGGAGAAAGAACAGGAGAUCAAACUCUUGAAGAGUCGCUCUGUACCCAUCGAUGUUCCUGCUCCCUUUGUGAACCUGAAGAGUUCAGUAGAACGACAUGAAGACCAGGAACUUCUGGAAUGGCUCAAAUGCCAUGGGGCUGAUGCAGAUUCUAUAGAGAGGGUUAUAUCAGAAGAUUACACCCUUGAUGACAUCCUCAAUUAUGUCACAAGGGACGACUUGAAGACUUUAAGAUUUCGAGGUGGAAUUCUGUGUAAACUCUGGAACGCGAUCACAGCGCACAGAAAAAAGCCUGGCUGAAGACGACAGCGGCGUUACACAAGUAUUUUGCUGUCCUGACCCAAUCCACUGGGAUCAAUUAUUCUUCAGGAAUCUUAACAUUCUGAUGACAUGUGUCAACAUUUGUUUGUGAAAAUGCAGUUUUAUUUUUCAUGUUUGUUUACAGAAACUUGUCUUGACCUGCCUGAGAACCUUUUACUGCCAGAUUUCUUUGAAGGAAAAGACACUGAAACCACACACACAAACACAUAUAUUUGAUACAUUUACAGUUAUACAGUUAUUUACCUUUUUAGCUAAACUAUUCUGAGUAAUGACUAUGAAGAUACCAUAAUCAAUCAAAUCCCUAACAAAAUAGAUAUGGUGGCUAUUAAUAUAUACUGUAAACAGCUCUGAAAAGAUACAUUUCUAAGAUUUUAAGUCAAUUACACAAUGUUUCCGUAUCUACAAGCAGCCUUAACAGAGAAUAUUACAGUUUGAAGUGUUUACUUUUAUUUAUUCAGCACAAACCUAUUUAUCAAAGGUUACAUUUUAGAAAUGGGCUAUUUUAGUAAAGAUUAAUGUUAUUGCAACUGUCUGGUUCAAUCAUAAAUCAUAGCACUUAAUAAAGUAUCUAAUAGUACCUAUUCUGGUCAUUGCAUUUCAAUGAUGAUUUAUUGUCAUGAUAAAUGUUUGUGUGAUCAAUGUUUGCAUAUUGAAAAUUGGGAUGUUAUACCAUGUAGGCCCUUCAAUUUUUGGAGCAAAUAAAAUAAUUUUCAAAACAAAA